AUGGCUUUGCCGAUCGACCUUACAAAGAUGAGCACUAUUAUCACUCCGGCGGUGAUAGCUAUCUUCCUCUCUCUAGCCGUGGUGGCAUACCGCCAAUGGCUCUCCCCCCAAGCCCGUCGCCAACAUGUUCGUGAGAGCAGCCCAGGGCGGCUCGAAAAGCUCCCCGCAGGGGAGAAGUUCUCUCCAGUCAAGGCCGUCGAGGAAUCACGGAACUUCAAGAUGCCCCCAGUCCCAGCCUACCCGAACUGGGACAUCAAAGACACCAAACCCUUGCCGUACCGGGCUUUCCGCUACGGACCCAAGUACCACGUAACUAUGGGUCUCCGAACGAUUCAUCCAACCGAAUGGAUCGAGCUUGACAGCGAUUUCCCCAAAUACCACGCUGACAAGGCUGUUCGCAUUAAAGAGCGCGGGUCUAAAUGUGUCGAGACACACCCCGAUGCCUUCCCCGCCGCUAUUGAACUGCUCGAGGAGUUGGUGAACUACCUACCCGAUCGCUACCCAAGUUUAUAUGAGCGAACUGCGACCGGUAUCAAGAACAAGUGGUCUGGGGAGGAUAUCAACAUUGUGGAGAGACCCCUGGCGGAGGAUCCCAUGGCCCUCUGCGCGCGACUUGUGCAGGAUGAUCUCGCCAUCAUGAUCGAGCAGCCGGACGGACAAUACCGCCUGCUCGCUGGUGCUAUUCUGCUUGCCGGCUUCUGGAGAUUCUCCGACAAGUUUGGCAUGACUCUCUCGGACAUCCACACAUCCGGAGAUGUCCCCCAUUUCAAAGAGAAGCUGGAGUCUGGAAUGAUGAAGUUCUUCCGCCGCUUGAAGUGCGAUGAUUUCUAUAGCCGCAACAACUACUUCAUGCAAGUUGACGACUCCCUGUCCUGGAGUCACAGCAUUGGCGACGAGGAUUCCCCCGGCAUUAGCUGGAGCACAGCCGAGAAGAACAAGGCCAUUGAUCAUCACUGGUUCCGAUCUGAGCGUCAGACGCUCCGCAGAUUACCCAAAUCUGGAGGUGUUGUUUUCACCAUCCGCACCUACUUCUUGCCCGUGACGGAGUUGGUUAGUGAAGACUAUGUCCCUGGUCGACUUGCGAGCGCGGUUCGAAGUUGGGAUGACUCGGUGGCCAGAUACAAGGGUAGAGAAAGGUACGGUGAGGUACUGCUUGAGUAUCUAGAUGCGAAGCACCAGGAGCAGUUGGAUAGGGGGCUGGACCUAGAAAAGGAGGAUGAGAUUAGGAAAUAUCCAUGGUAG